UCCUCUUUGGAUGGAUAUAAGCCAAGCUCUCAGUUCCUGCUAAUCAGUCAGUCAGCCAACAUAUCCGAUUCAAGGCAUCUUGGACUUCUUUGCGGAGGAAGAGACAGAUCCACUUGGGCGAGGAGAAUUUCUUAGCCUGCGCCUGCUCUCUCCAAGCAGGGCGGAGGUCCCCUCUAACCAGAAGUCUUCCAUCCUACCCCGACAGGACAGCCUGAGGGGAGAAUGGCCACGGGGAACCACUCUCUGGUGACGGAGUUUAUCCUAGCGGGCCUGACGGAGCGUCCGGAUCUGCAACUCCCACUCUUCCUCCUGCUCCUGGCCAUCUUCGUGGUCACGGCGGUGGGGAACCUGGGCCUGAUCACCUUAAUCAGGCUGAGCGCUCCGCUCCACACCCCCAUGUACUUCUUCCUCACCAAUCUGUCCUUCAUCGAUCUCUGCUACUCCUCUGUCACCACCCCCAAGACGCUGGCGGGCUUCGUGGCGGGGACCAACUCCAUCUCCUAUCCUGCCUGCAUGACCCAACUCCACUUAUUCCUCAUCUUCAUCAUCGCCGACGGCUUCAUGCUGACCGUCAUGGCCUACGACCGCUAUGUAGCCACCUGCCACCCUCUGCUCUAUGGCACCAUCAUGUCCCCUAGGGCCUGCUCCAUGCUAGUGGCCGGCGUCUACACCACAGGCUCUGUUUGUGCAGCUGUCCACACCGCCUGUAUGCUGAGGUUGUCCUUCUGUAGAAAGAACGUCAUCAAUCACUAUUUCUGCGACAUCCGCCCCCUCCUCGCCCUCUCCUGCUCCCGCACCGACAUCAAUGAACUGGUGGUCUUUGCCAGCGGGGGUUUCAACAUGGCAGCCACCAGCGUGGGCAUCCUCAGUUCUUACGCCCGCAUCCUCGCCUGCGUCCUGCACGUCAGCUCUGGCCGAGGCAGGGCCAAGGCCCUGGGCACCUGUAGUUCCCACAUAAUUGUCGUCGUCCUUUUCUUUGGGUCUGGGGUGUUCACAUAUCUGAAGCCUUUUUCAGGAGACUCUUCGGGUGAGGGGAGAGUAUCCUCCUUGUUUUGUACCACUGUGGUCCCCAUGCUCAACCCCCUGAUCUACAGCCUAAGGAAUCAAAAUGUCCGAGAUGCCCUCAGGAAAAUCUUGAGGAGGAACGUCUUUUCGGGGUUGGAUCGCUACUAGGAGGACUAUUAGAUUGAAAGUGAGUUCUUCACAGUGGCAUGAGUCCUUUUCCUUGACAAUCACUUGGAGUGUGAGUCGGAUGCAAGACAGGGACUAUGUCCAGCCUAAUUACCUUCUAUCUACCUCAGUGCUUACAACAGUGUUUGGCACACAGCAAGUGCCUAAAAAUACCUUAAGAUAA